AAUGAAAUCGAUUCGCUUGUAUGAUUUGUUUUUUUUUUCGGUAAAAAAACUGUUGCACGACCAAUUUUCAUUCGAUGCCACUGCCGAAAUGAAAAAGGCAGAAUAUUAAAACCUUUUUGACUGAUGUAAUAAGUUUUAUUCAAAUUCGUUAUAGUAUGAUAUUGAAUUGGUAAUGAUAACCGACUAUUCGAGUAUUUAUCUCUCCGCUUUUUUCGCUUUUCUAAUCCAAUCACACGAUACUUCACUGUACCUUGUUUUUCCGUAUGAAACAGGUAGUGCUUCCAUGUGUGAUUCAUUAUUUCAUUGACGAUGUGACUGAAAUAUAUUCGAUAUUUGUUUGAGUGUAUGUGUAUGUACAUGAAAAUCACCCUAUCAAGUGUCCAUUUUUACAGCCGAAUUUUUCUUUAUAUAUUUGAUGGUACUGGGAAAAAUACACAACAUGCAUAUGCACACACACACACACACACACAAACAUACACUUGAUCAACGAUCACAUAAGCAUUCUACUUGAUGUAUAGGUACAACGCAACAUGUCACAGUAUAGUUCACAUACACUAAUGAUUUAAUCUCCAUUCAUGGUUAUUUUAUGUGAAAAACAGCAACCAUACUGCAUUGUUAUUUAAUCGUGACUCGUAAUAGUCACGUUUUUUAUGUUACCUUGAUGAGAAAAAGAUAAGGUUGCUGUUUUCUACAGUCUGUGAAAAAAAACUAUGUUCAUAUGACUGCCACUUGUGAAAAUCAUAUGGACCAGUUUUUUCAUUCAAAAUUUAAAAACAAUACUAAAUUUUUUUGAAAUCCUUUUGAGAAAAACAAAACGCUAACGUUAUUAAAUAUACAAAUUUGCACGCUGCGUUACAAUAUCGACCAAACGUUGUCUUCCAAAAAAAACUUAAUGGAAUGAAUUUCGCUCUGUUUUGAAACUUGAACCAAAACGGAAAACAAAUUUAACAGUCGAAAUCGCCGAUAUCAAAUCUAGUGAAACGAAGCAUGAAUACAUACCGUCUAACCCUGAAAACUCAUUAGAUGUUCAUGUUUCCGAAAGCCCUUCUGAAAAAUCAACGUCACCGUCCAUUUCUGAAUGCCAUUCCAGCAAAUUAAAUCGUAAUGUGAUCAAUCUUCAACUGAAAACUGACCAGACCGACUUUGUUAAAACGCAUACCAUACGAACACAAGACAUAACUGACACCAAGCCAAAUGUUGGCUCACAAACAUUCAACCCAGAUGAAUUCGGUCAACGUUCUGAUUCACCAUCCCUUCAAUUGGUGAUUGGUCGAAAAGAAAUUCAAACUGAUGAUAUUUCAGCCAUUUCCGAAAAUCGAUUGACGCUUUACAGCAAAAAAGAUGUGGAAAUUUCGAUUAGUUCACAAUCCAAAAUCACUCUCACUGCUCAUACAGCUAGCAAAACCGAUGAACUUUCCCCAAUUUACGACGAGAAACAAGAUAAUAUUGCUCAAAAAGGUAAGUCUCAAACGGGAUCGACAAGCGAUAUUGGCUCGAUGGUGCGUGGUGAAAAGAAACGGCAUGACGAUCCAGUUGUUUUCUCAAAAAUGAAUCGAAUUCAUGUUUAUCAUGACGAUUCAGGCAAUAUGUCUCCUAUGACCAGUGAACCAAGCGUUUCACAGCACAUUAGUGACACUGGCAUUUCACUCACACGGACAACGUCCGAUCAUGAUGACGAGCCAAUUAAAUCAUAUGGCAGCAUCACUGAAGGCCCAUUAAAUGUCGAAAUUGAAGAGAUGGAAUUGACUGAUGCUGGACUCAGCCCCAUCCAGGCCGAUGAAUAUGAAGUGUUCACGGCCGUGUGCAGUGCUGAUGAUUCACGAUUCACAAAUACCGCCACUAGCCCAGCUUUUGACAACAAUUCGUUCACUGAAGCGAGCACAUCAACAGAUCGUCUUGAAUAUAAGGACGCAUGGAAUAGUCCAGUUGAUAUUGAAAAGAAUUAUGUAAAAUCCAUUGCUGACGAAGACGUUCUCAGUUCACGCAGAGGCUCUGGCGAUGUUAAAGCAAAGGUUAAGAUUAUUGAAGAAAAUAGUCUGAAAGUUUCGAAAGAAAUUGAACAUGAAAGUACUGCAAAACGGGAACAAAAAGAAAUCGAGAAAAAACCAAAAGCUCAACCACUCAAAUACGCCUAUGAUGCUGGCGAGUCAUCAGUCUCUGAAGAACCCAUUCCUCCAAUUCAAGAUGUUAUUUUGUCAAUUGAAAAACGAAUCGCUAGUGAGGCGCUACCCAGUUCAUAUAAAGAAAAAGUGCCACAUCCUAAAGACAAAGCGAUGAGAGAAGUUGAUGAAUCAGAAUUAUUGGCAAGUCUUGAAUCACAGAUCAUCACAGCAGAUGAUAGUGAUAAGAAAAAUGAACAUAAUCAAAAACAAAAGGAUGAUGUUCAAAUAGACAAUGAUGAUGAGCAAAAGGAACCUGUGUGCGAAAUUGUUUGCGCCAAAAGACAAGUAGUUCCGUUAGCUCAUGAAGAGGAAAUUUCUGGUGAUGAGUUGGAAUACGAUGAAGAAUUUGGACCAACAACUAGUCAAACAUCGCAAAAACAAAUGGAUAAUCAGCCAUUAAUCAGAACAUUACAUUCAUUCAAAGAAGAAGAGGUUUUUAUUAGCCGCCUCACAUCAACAGAAUCAAAAAAAGAGAAGAAUAAUAUUAAAUCCAUCAUACAAACUACUGAUGACUCAGUUUCGGACUCCGAAGUUCGAGAUGUUAAAAUGAUAGUGUCGCAAUCAGAGAAACUUCAAGAAGAUACUAUCAAAUUAAGUAAAAUCGUUCUGAAACAAAUUCAAACCAGAAAUGAAAAUAAAAUGGAAACAUAUACAGAAUAUAAAAAAGAUAAACAAAAAAUCGUUAUCAAAUCAGACGGAUCAAAAUCUCAAGCAACAAAAGACGAAAGUGAGCUUGGCGAUAUGGAAAUACAAAUCGAGGAUUCAAAAGAAAAGAUUUCCACAAAAACUGUAGAAAAAUACACACCGCAGGGAACCUCCACUGAAAAAGCCCCCGUCACAAAAACCGAAGACAAGUUGCCCAAGAACGAUGUCUCUCGCCCAGAGUCAGCUUUGAGCGAUGAUAAACCUCAGCCAAAGUCACGCUCUGAAUCAAUCUCUGAUGAUCAUUUGACUAAAUCGCCAACACCUUCAGUUGUGAGUGUUACAAAAGAACCGAUCGCAAAGACCGAAGAGAAUGAAUUGCCUAAAGACGAUGUCUCUCGCCCAGAGUCAGCUUUGAGUGACGAUAAACCUCAGCCAAAGUCACGCACUGAAUCAAUCUCUGAUGAUCAUUUGACUAAAUCGCCAACACCUUCAGUUGUGAGUGUUACAAAAGAACCGGUCGCAAAGACCGAAGAGAAAGCAUUGCCUAAAGACGAUGUCUCUCGCCCAGAGUCAGCUUUGAGCGAUGAUAAACCUCAGCCAAAGUCACGCGCUGAAUCAAUCUCUGAUGAUCAUUUGACUAAAUCGCCAACAUCUCCAGGUGGUACGAUGAGUAAAUUAUCACGACCUUCGGAUAUUGAUGAAAAGAUCGGUUUCAAAACAUUUCCCACUGAAGAGCGUUCAUUCAAAUCGCCCACUCGUCCAACGGAUGUCAAAGCCAAAUCAGAGUUUACUGCAGAAAAAGUUGAAUAUGUCCUUGAGGAAUUGGGUGAUCAGUUCGAGAAUACAUUGAGAGAUGUAGCCGAAAAAACUCCUUCGCCAAAGGAGUCUUUAGGAAAAUUGGAGAAACCGAUCGAGAUUAUUUCAAGUGUAAGUCUUACAACUAAUCAGAAUUCAUAUGAAACAAUCAAUGAGAAAAAGCUUUUUGAUAAGAACGUAGAGUCCGAAGUAAAAUCCAUUGAAAUGGACGAAGUAUCGGUAUCUACGACGCAAGAUGACUCGAAAAUCGAAUUAACUGAAUGUGACCUUCUAUAUGAUAAACUACAGUUCAAGCAACAAAUUGAGAUCGAUUUUGAUGAUAAAUCCAAAGAAAAUUCGCGUAGAACAUCUACAAGUUUGUUAAGUCGUCCAGAGAGUGUUCUCAGUCACUUCACUGAUAAAACGGAACCAGAGAUUAGGGAAGUCUGCAGUGACUAUUCAGAGCAACAAGUUCAUGACAAGUUGGACGAAGUAUCGGAUAUCCACUCUGGAAUGUACUCUGGCUCCCAUUCAGUUAAUAGUUUCGAAAGUCAUAAAUCUAUUGAAACAGAAAGCACAAAAGAGAGCAUCGUUCAAGAAUCUAUAGUUCAAGAAAAUUUGAUUUCAUCACAUGAGAUAGAAGUAUGUAAAGAUGAGAUUGACAGUUUUGGAGAUAAGCCGAUUCAGAAAUCUGAUGAAACUAAUCAAAAACAUUCAUCGCCAAAAGAAGAAAAGCAAACGGUUGGUGGUUUGUUAGAUUCAAAUCUAAUAAUGUCGCCUUCUUCGAAUGUAUGUAUUGUCAAGGCAACAUUGGAGAAAGACGAUUCAGAUGCAGUCAACACUAUUACUCCGUCGGAAUCAGUUUUAAUAAUAGAAACUCCAUCAGAAACGCUUGAAGAUAGUCUGAAGCGCGAUUCCCAUUCCGAUAUUCCAUCUGAUCAAAGGAUUGACAUUCAAACUCCUGAAAGAAAAGAUUCAUUAGAAACUGAUUUAGUAGUACUUGCAACGCAAGAACUUGACGGCCAAGAGUUACAUCGCGAUAUUAGCGCCGAUUCUCUGAAUAUUGGUGAUUUUCAAAAGACGAGGGACAUACGUUCCGAUUCAAUCGAUUGUAUUGAAGUUGAACUUCAUGAAGCAAACGUGAGUGAGUUUGAGACUCAGUCAAGGGACGGUGAAUUAUUGCACAGUUUUGCGCAUGAAAUCGUGGCAGUUCGUCAGUCAGUUAGUGAUUGUCCGGAUAAAAUAAAUGAAUUGAACUCUAUCCAAGUUGAUAAAGUUGUUUUUUCAACCUCAUGUACAAAUGAACUCUCCGUUACAUCUGGUCUCACAGAUAUAUCGGAUGACAAUGUUUCAUACGAUGAACAUAUAACCAUGGACUCUUCCCAAAUUGAUUCCGAUAGUCGACUAACAAAUGUACCCAAAGAAACCAUUUCACACAGUCCCCAUUCCAUAGCGUUCAAUGUUGUUUUUGAGGCCGAGGCAGCCAAAAAUCGAACCAUGAAGCCACUGGGGCAGAAAACUGACGAUAAAAAAAUGACGCGAAAAACUGCUGAGAUCAGUCCAAAACGACAGCUGCUUAAGAAACGACCGGUCGCGGAAACAAAGAGCUCCUCUUCUGAAGAAAAUGCGGCCGUUUCAGAGAAAAAAUACAUUCGCAAGAAGGUCAAGCAAAUUGAGCAUCGAGAAAUCAAGCAGAGUGCAAGUGUUUCAAUUACUUCCACUGCCACUGCUGCGACAAAAAUAAAAACAAAUACAAAAUCCGAUAAAAAGGAUGAGCCCAAAAAGAAAUCUCCCAAGAAAUCGAUCCUUAUCGCUAAAUCAGUUGAAAUCGAUCCAAAAACCAUUGCUGUUACGAAAGUUUCAAGCAGAGUUUAUGGUUACAUGCAAUCAACCGUAUCUCGAGAUCAGAAAAUUGGUAAAACAAUGACUUUGGAACGAAAAGAUUUGAAAAAAUUAGACCAUCCGGGCGAAGUUAGUAGCUCUCGUGUUUCCACUCCAGAUAGAAUGCACCGAACUAGAACUACUUCAACGAGUUCAGUUAAGUCUACUGUUAGCAUUAACACGGAAAGCAAACAAACUAAAACUGGUUUAAUCACAACCAAAUCGGAUUCGAUUCGAGCCCAUAAUUUGAAAGUGUCGAAGUCCAUGAACGUUGACAAAUUGAAAUUGGCUUCAACACAAAAAGUGUCCACAACGAGCAUGAAAAUUGAUGCAAAGAAAGAAUCUCAAACCGAUGCUAAGAGUCGACGUAAAAUCGAAACUAAAGCAUCGGUGCAAAUCGCUUCGUCAUAUAAGUCCCUAAAGUAUAGCACUUCUAGUGAAAAAGAGCAUUCAAUAUCCAAGAAAGUUGACAUCGAGCAGAAGAAACGAGUGAAGGAUUUGCAUACGAAAAAGAUUGAAUUAGUCGAAAAGGCGUCGACCGGUUCCAUAAUUAAAACAACAACAAAACCUCUGACCAAGAGCUUGAAAGAUUCCAAAAACAAACUUAUUGAAGCAAAUAUAAUCAAAGAAACCUCAAAACCGAUAAAAACCUCAUCAAAAAGGGUGACUGUUGAAUUGAACAGAGUUGAUCGAAUUUCAAAAACAAAUACCGACAAACGUGACACAAAACAUACUAAAGACAUGGCAGGCAUCAAACAAAGAGAUGCCAAAGAUAAAGAAAAAACCAAACCAAAGACCAAAUCAUCAAAAGUACCGAUUCCGAUCCGUGAAAAACGAACCACUGACGUCCACUUUGCAAAUGUCGAAGUCGACGAAUUAUUUCGAUGCAAAUCGGCAAUGCAAUACUCCACCCUAGAUUAUCCAUUAAUCGUUGAUUUAACACGUGAUCAAUCGAAUUCGGUGCCGUCCAGUCCAAGCCGUUUGGUAAAAUCGAAAAAAUUAAAUCGCAACAAACAAUUUACAAGCGAAGUUUUCAUGCGUACUGUUGAUUCUUCCUCCAUGGAAGUGAUUUACAAUCGCCGACCAAGCAGUAAUGGUGACAACAUUCGACGCUAUCGUGAGCUUGAGGUCGGUUUCAUUGACACAACCGAUUCGAGUUUAUCGGAUUCGGUCGCAUUGCCAUCAUCCUCUUCUGAAAAUCAAAAUACCGAAAGUGCAUCGUUGCAAAAGCAAUUUGCACCAUUGAUGCAAAGUGAAAAAACUGCACGUAAAAUUCGUUGUACGGACAUUGAAAAGGCCUCUCAAUCAACAUCACAUCAGCAUGCACAAAGUAAACAGAGCGAAUGUGUUUAUCAGUUUGGUAGUAGCAGAAUCUCGGAUUCAUCGUCAGCAUCGGCAUCACCGUCUGUGUCAGCCAAUAGCAGUGUGAUCAUAGUCGAAAGUCGUUUGUCACCAAUUCUUGACUUUAAGGCUAUAUCACCACCUCGUCAAAAACAUAAGUUUGACUACAAGGUUGUUUCAAUUACAGAUGAGGAAGCAACUCAAAAAUCCAAGCAACAUGAUGACGAUUUGGAUGAUUCGGCCAGCACAAAGGAGUCAAAAAGUCAUAUUGCUCCUAAACCAACGCCACGCGCCUCCAAGCCAAUUGGUAGCACAGAUUCAGCUACAACUUCAAAAUCGGUUGGCGAUGAGUUCGCCAAUAAUACCGACACCGAUAAUGAGCCCAGUGCAAUUGUCGACCGAAGUUCCGGUGAUUUUUCUGAAACGAAAAAAUUCUGGCAAUCAUUAGAGUCUAGUCAUUCGGUUUGUUCAGUCGAUGAGCCACAAAUGCCACCCGUACCAAAACCACGUUCACAAUCACAGGCACAAGUUCAAAGUAUUCAGCCGGUCAGUGAUGAUUUUGAUUCAAUUGAAAGGACCAGCAUUUCACUCGUUGAGGAAAGCGCAAGUCAAUUAUCAUCAUCGUUGAAAAUAUCGUCAGAGGGUCAAGUUGAACGAUCGGAAUCGAGCAGCUUGAAAUCGAAACCAGAAAUUAAUCGCGAUGAUGAUGAUUCAAUUACUGAUCGUUUGGAGAACGAAAGUUUCCCGAUCGAUAAACAUAGCGAGAAAAUUGAUUCGGAUCCAUAUGAAGCGAAAUUGGAUUCUCUGGAAUACGAUUCAACCGAACGAAGUUCUUCGUCAAUCUACAAGGUCAAGGAGCGUGAAAAUAUUUUGGAUGACGUUGAUGAUGAAGAUAAAAUUGAUCACGAAAACAAAAGUGCAGCCUUUUACAUUGGUGAAUCGAGCGGAAACAUUAUCACCAAAACAGCGACUGAAAAACGUUCAGAAUUUGCAUACGAUAAUGAAGGCUAUGAAUCAAAGGACUCUGCAAAAGUUGAACAAAAACCAAUAGAAAUUGAAGACGACGUUCCACAAAGUAGCGAACGAGAUUCACAACAAGAAGUUCGAUUCAAUUUACAGCCCGAAGAAAUUGGUGUUGCCGCCUAUGGCAAAGACGUCGAUUUUGUGGUGAAACUCGAACGAAUUCCCACCGGAAUGGAUAAAUCGUUGGAAGAGAAAUGCGAAACCGAAUUAUCCGAAAAGUUAAUUCAUGAAUCACCAAUCCCAACGGACCUCGAACAACACGAAUAUUAUGGUUCGGAAAAAUCGUUCGGCUCUGAAAAGUCAUUUGAAUCUGAGAGUGUGGAAGAAUCGCAUGUUGAAAUUCAAGAGUUAUCCAGUACAAGUGAAUGGAAUGUAGAUGCAAACAAAUCAAAACGAGAAGAAGAGCCAGUUAUUUGUUUUCCCGACGAAAAUGUGAUUGAAGAAGAGAGCCGUGUUCGGAUCGAGCAGCUUGAUUCAUUUGAUUCGGCUUCACCGACUGAGCCACAGAAGGCAGCUGUCGUUCAUUCACCCGUUGAAGAAAGAAAAAUUGCUGAUGAAUUUGAGUAUGCAGCACCAAUCGACACCAAUGUUUAUGCUCAGGAAAGUGGCAAAUACAUCGAAAAGGAAAUGUCGCAAAAUUACGAAUCUCCCAAAGUUACAGAAACCACGUUAAUUCAACUAAUCAGAAUGCAUGAAGAUGACGAAUUUAUUAAACCAAAAUCAGUAGCUGUUGUGCAUUCACCGAUUGAAACCGAUGAAAUAAAAGCUCCGAAAACGCUAAUUCGUGAUGAAACUCUGGAAAUAAAACCAGCUGUUCAUUCUCCGGUUCAAAUCAGUUCAUUUGAUACAUACACUAGUCAGGGGGCUUUGAAAGGAGAAAAUAUUGAAGAAACGUUGAUUGAUGACCUGUCAUUUGGCUUUGAUAAACCAACAACAGCAAAAGUUGUUCAUUCUCCAAUUGACAGUUCGAUCAAAUUGGAACAACAAUUCAAAGAAGAAUUUGCGGAGAAAGUUGAAGAACAACAAGAAAUAGAAAUAGAGACUAGCAAACAAGAAACGAAGCCAAUCAGCAGCAGAACUGAGAAAAUUGACGAUUAUUCUUUUGAUUUUAGCGCACCCAAGCCAGCACCGGUCGUUCAUUCUCCAGUCGACAGUUGGAAACAGGAAUCACGAUUUAAAGAAGAAAUUGUUGAAAAAAUUGAAACUUAUUCCGACGAAUCAACUCAAAAAGUCGAGCACGGAGAAAUGAAACAGCCGAUUGGUGGCCAAACUGAUUUACUCGAUGAUUGUUCACUUGAUUUUGGAACUAAAAAAACAACACCCAUUGUUCAUGCAUUUGUAGACACUGCAGUCAAGUCAAGUCAAGAAUGCAAAGACCAAAUCAUUGGUAAGGUUGAAACUCGAAUGGAGGAAUUCACUAAACAGCAACCAAGCGAUGAAUUGAAGCAGCCACUUGACAGUAAAUCUGAAUUACUCGAUGAUUUUUCAUUGGAUUUUGGCAAAUCAAAACCAGCUCCGGUCCUACAUUCUCCAGUUGAAAGCUCAAAACACGAAUUUGAGGCGAAAUCCAUCGAAUCCCGAGCCGAAGAUUUGAGUCAAAGACAGCCCAUCGACGAAACAAGUUUAUCGAUUGCCAGUAAAUCGGAGGUCAUUCAUCGGAUCGGUACAUCAAAAGUAACUCCAAAAACACGUUGGUCAGCAAACGAUCCAGACCAUUCGAGCCCGAGCAGUCAAAGCUUAGAAAACAGUAGACCAUGUUCGUCGGAUGUUGAAAAUUUGUAUGUUUCCUAUCCAAAUUCAUCGGCCGAAUAUCAAACAGCGUUGGAUGCAUCAUCGCUUGUUCCGGGUUCAACUGAAUACCACACCGCCGUAAGCACAUUCGAUCACAGUGGCAAAACAAUCAGCUCACAAGAAAGCAUGAAGAGUUUGGAUUCGGAAAGCUCUGGAAAUUUAGGAAGUGUUGAAGUUUCUGAGGCAUCAGAGACACUGGUACCGUCAACGGCUGAGCUAGAUUUUGAUGAAAACGAACAGCGUUUAUCAAGUCUCGAUACAUUCGGUGACAACAUUUUGGAAGAGAAUAUUCUUGAUCUUGAAUCUGACGACAUUUCAGGUCCAAUGAAGCGUUCACAUGAAAUGAUAUUCUCAUACGAUAUUGCAACAGUUGAAAGCCAAGAGUCCCUGAACUCAGUUGAAAAGUCUGAAAUGAGCGAACGUAAAGCUAGCGAUGAAGAGUUCAAGGUGCAGAGUGAGGUUAGUAGCGAUGAAACUAAGUUCGGAACAAGCGUUGGCAGCAAUUUAUCGAUGAGUUUUUCGACAACAUCAAAUGCAGAUACCAUUGUUGAAAACAUACAAGAGGAUAUGGCAAGUUCGUAUGGCGCUGGUUCACUUGUUGGCAGCUAUGAACCGAAAACCAUUCUAAUGGACGAAAGCACAUCGUUUGAAGAGAAAUUCCCAAUAGAACCAGUUGAAAAUCUCGUCAUGACAACGACCACUGUAACUGAAGACAAUGUUACUUCGGUCAACACUCAAAUUACAUCGGAUGUCAAAGAAGAUGAUGCUGCCGAAGAAAUGACACCACGACGCGGUAAAGGCCACAAACGUAACGAUAGCACAUCAUUUUUAUCAAGCUUGGAUAUGGCAAAACUUUCGCAAGAAAGCACCGACAGCUGUCCCGACAGCUCAUCGCUUGACGAAGAAAUGAUCAUUCACGAUGUGCCCGAGGACGAACGAAAGGAAAGCGGUUCCGAUUCGGAUUAUGAUCGUUACGAAACGGAAUAUUCGCGUUCAUUCAAAAAGCCAGGUGUGCAACGCAAAAAGAAAGCAAUGGCACCGAAAAGCGCACAAAAACCCGAACCCGAGCAACUAGAACGCAAAAAAUCAAUUCCAAGCAUUGAAACCAUUGUAGAAGUAUCGGAAGAUAUUAUCGAAACGGAAAAGUUGCGCAGUCGUGGAGCAUCACAAAAUAUGCUAGAUUAUUCACAAAUUCCCGAUAUUACCAUUACUGAUGAUCCUACAAAAUAUGUGUCAGAUGAUGAAGAUUUCGAACAAAAACAACCAGAACCAGUGGCGGUUGAGCAAUCAAAAGCGGAGCCGGUGAAGAUUUCAGAGGUAGCUAAGAAAUCUGAACAAGUACGUCAACCGAAAGAACCGAAAAUUUCCCAUGAAGAAUAUGAGAAACUGAUCGAACGUCAAUAUAAAACGCAAGAGGAUCCAUACGAACCAAAAGCGGACUCACCAACAAGUGAUUCGUUUGAGCUGGUCGAGCAGCCGGAUAUUUCCGAUGAAUUUGUGAUUAUCGAAGAAGUGGCCAAAGAAGCGGACGAACUUAUGACCGAAGGCAAAAGUGUUUCGAUCCAACAGACAAAAUAUGUGAAGAAACACGAUGACGAGGUGGAAAAAAUAAUAAUAAAAUCGGCUCCAGCUGCUACGAAUGAAGGAUCAACUUUGCUGCAUGGUCGCCAUGAUUUGGCAUUUGAGUUUGAAGAAAGUCCAUCUAGCGGUGCAAAUACUGAAUCAAGUGAAGAGGGUGCCGGCAUGGAAUCCAGUCGCAAAUGGGUUGAAAUGCAAUUGGCUGAACAAGCUCAAAACUUACGCUAUCCAUAUGAUGUUGAUCGGGGCAUUCUUGAAGAUAUUAAGGAAGAGGAUACUGACUUUGAAGUCGGUAGCAGUCGCAUAAGCAGUUUCAAGGACUCGUAUUCAAGUAAUGAUUUUGAGGCAGCCGCCGCUCGUCGUUAUCAUUCAAAAGAUCAGGAUAAUGUUUCGGUUAACAGUUUGCAAGAGUUUGAGCGACUUGAACAAGCGAUUUCGUUGGAGAACAGGAAAUUCCAUUCAAGCUCGAAUGAUUCAUUCAGUAAUGGAAGUUUCCCGAAACGCGGUUUGCGAACAGCCCAGGCUGAUGAAAUAUCAUUAUGUAGUUUGCAAGAUUUCGAAGGAUUAGAAAAUGCUUGCCUGGAAGCCACAUUAUUGGAACUCAGAGCAAAAGAAGAACAUGCUUCGUUGCUGUCACGUUCGGAUGAGUCCAACAAAUCCGGUAGCCAAUCCGACGAUGGAGCCGCAAAAGUUAUUGAAAAAACAACGACCAUCGUAACCAAAGCGCAGCCUUUGAAAACUUCAAUCGACCCAAUUACUGGAAUAUUUUCCGCUUCACAAACAACUGUAACGAGAGUAAUAACGGAGACAAAAUCCAAGAUUGAACCGGACGAUGAACUUUCGGCAUCAAAUUUAAUGGAAGUUUCCACAGACAGUUUGGAAGCAAAACAAUCGAAACAAGCGUUGCACAGCAAAAAUACAUCUCAACAUGGUAGCAGCGAUAGUUUGGAAAUAAACAAAAGCGCAGAUAUAAUGACUAGCAGCAUUGAUUCAAUUGAAAUCUCAAAAGAUGGAGCAACGACUAAAUCAUCGAAAUCCGAUGGCGAUUCAAUUGAACAGAUUGCACGCGGCGAUAAACGUGACAGCAUCGAUUCGAUUGAUGCCCAAUACGUCGCAAUGACACAAUCCAUUCACAUGCAACGUGAUUCAUUCGAUGCAAAUCUUCUUGAUCUCACCUCAUCGGGCAUUAUGGGUGGUUCGUAUAUCACGGAUGGUAAAAAUGUCACAACAACUUCGAUGGCAUCGUCGUCCGGCUACGGUGGUGGCAUUAGCAAAGACAUUUCAAGCGAUUCACUGAAUCUAAACCAAGAGCCAGAGUUACUCAUAACGAGCACUGAAAGUCUCGAUAAUACAAGCUCCACAUUUGCAACGUAUCAAAGUCAAACUGAUUCUCAAAUGACAUUGUCGGGUAGCAUGACAAGUUGCGAUUCAAACACUCUUGUCGACGUCGACACAUGCGAUACGAUGAUAUACAGUGAUUUAUACCAGAGUGGCGCAGCCAAUCUGUUGCCCGAUGAUAAGUUUGGUGUGCAUAUGACUUCGACAACUGUGACCACAACUAGCGCAUACAAAGCCAAAUCGAGCAGUAAUGAUGUUGAUAAAUCAUAAAUCGUCAGUAGAUCUCUUGUUGAAGGCGCGUCAUGAUCUUUCAAAGGUGAUGUUCAUUAGAGGGAGCAAAGAAACAACUAUUAAUAAACAUUUGUCUUGAUAAAGUGUGGUUUGCUUCAUCCCAUAAAUAUUUAUAUUAAUCACGUUGCAUUUGGAACCAAUAUGAGCUAAAAAUAAACUCUGACCAGCAAUCUAUCCAAUAUUAACCAAUGUACCCAACAAAAAAUAUUUCACUGAAUGUUUUUCGUAAUAUUUUCAUCUAAUUACAAGAAAAGUAAAUCAAUUUAAUGCAUAAUUAGUAUAAAAUUAUCUUAUUUAUACACAUUAUAUGAAUUAUCUAAUUUAUAACAAUGUAAUGGUAUAGCUUUUAUUUGAAUUUGGAAGCUUUUUUGAUUGCACAUCGUAAUAAACAUUUAAAGAAAAUCAACAAAAAAAUAUUCAGAAUAAAUACGCAAGAAAAUGGCAAAAUGAAUACAUAAAUUUUAUCUACAUACUCAAAUAUUCAUUCAUGCUUUUUGACGAUGUUGAAUUCUGAGCUAUUUGCUUUAGCAUCCAAUAAAGUUGUAUCUACACAAAAAAAUAAAAA